AUGGCAGUCUCAGGGCAACAAGAUCAGGAUAUCGUACAAAUAAAUGAGAAUAAAAGAGUUAAGCAUGUCCGCUUCAAACCAACUAAGGAAAUUCAGCAGAAUGAUUAUUCAAACCAUUAUAUUCAUACAGGGGUGUUACCUCACCAGCAUAUAACAAAUACAGAAAGCCCUGUUGUUGGCUACCCAAAGUUGCAGAAACUUCUUGCACUAAAGGAGGACCAGAUCAAACAAUACGCUACAAAUCCAUUUGGAUGCAAAGUAGAGAUAGAUCAAAUGGUUCCAACCAUUAACCAUUGGAUUAGGGAUGAGCAGUUGACCUUUGACGUAGUUAUGAUUGGUUGCUUGACUGAUAACCAGUUCAUAUAUCCAUUGCUGACACAACUAGCGUUAGAUAGGUUGGUCUCAAAGCCAGGAUUUCUAUUCAUCUGGGCAAGUGCGCAAAAAAUUAAUGAAUUGAAUAGGUUGUUAAAUAAUGAGACUUGGGCAAAAAAAUUUCGAAGAAGUGAAGAGCUUGUUUUUGUCCCUAUAGAUAAAAAUUCACCCUUUUAUCCAGGUUUAGAGCAGGACGACAACUCAAUAGUAGAUAAAAUGCAAUGGCACUGUUGGAUGUGUAUAACUGGGACGGUUAGAAGAUCUACCGAUGGUCAUUUAAUACACUGCAAUAUAGACACUGAUUUGGGGUUUGAAAAAAAAGACACUAGAGUUGGAGCUGUGCCAUCACAUCUAUACAGAGUAGUUGAGAAUUUUUCCACCUCCACAAAAAGAUUGCAUAUAAUACCGGCAAGAACAGGAUUUGAAAAGCCUGUCAGACCGAGACCUGGGUGGGUUGUAAUGAGUCCUGAUAUAUUACUGAAUAAUUUUAGCCCAAAAAGAUAUAAGCAAGAAAUUUCAGUAAUAGGUUGUAACGUUCCGUUAAAAAAUGAGAUAGAGAACUUAAGACCUAAAAGUCCAAUUCAAAAAGUAUAA